ACAGAGGCACACCUCCUGAUCUCACCUUACAAUGGAAAUGAAGAAGUCACCUGAUGGCGGAUGGGGCUGGGUGAUCGUGCUUGUCUCCUUCUUCACUCAGUUUCUGUGCUAUGGAUCCCCGAUAGCCGUUGGAGUCUUGUACUUAGAAUGGCUAGAUGCCUUUGGUGAAGGGAAAGGAAAAACAGCCUGGGUCGGAUCCCUCGCAAGUGGAGUCGGCUUGCUUGCAAGUCCUGUCUGCAGCCUCUGUGUCUCAUCGUUUGGAGCAAGACCCGUGGCAAUCUUCAGUGGCUUCAUGGUGGCCGGAGGCCUAAUGCUGAGCGGUUUUGCCCCUAACAUCUACUUUCUGUUUUUUUCCUAUGGCAUUGUUGUAGGUCUCGGAUGUGGCUUAUUGUACACUGCAACAGUGACCAUUACGUGCCAGUAUUUUGACAGCCGCCGAGGCCUUGCACUUGGCCUGAUUUCAACAGGUUCAAGUGUUGGACUUUUUAUAUAUGUUGCUCUGCGGAAGAUGAUGAUUGAGUUGUAUGGACUGGACGGGUGCCUGCUGAUUGUGGGUGCUUUAGCUUUAAAUAUAUUACCCUGCGGCAGUCUGAUGAGACCCCUCCGGUCCUCCGAUUGCCCUUCUGAGAAAACAGCUCUGGAAAAUGUACCAGACAGAUACUCCAUUUACAACGAAAAAGAAAAGAACCUAGAAGAAAGCAUAAACAUCCUUGAAAAGAGCUACGGAGGCGAGGAGACCUGCAGGAGCACGCUGGCCAAUGGCGACUGGAAGCAGGACAGUCUCCUUCAUCAGAACCCAGCAACCACGGCACACACAAAAGAGACGGAAACCUACAAAAAGAAAGUGGCAGAACAGACAUAUUUUUGCAAACAGCUUGCCAAGCGGAAGUGGCAAUUAUAUAAGAACUACUGUGGAGAAACUGUGGCUCUUUUUAAAAACAAAGUGUUUUCGGCACUCUUCAUCGCUAUCUUUCUUUUCGACGUCGGAGGGUUUCCACCUUCAUUACUUAUGGAAGAUGUAGCAAGAAGUUCAAAUGUGAAAGAAGAAGAGUUUAUCGUGCCUCUUAUUUCCAUUAUUGGCAUUAUGACAGCAGUUGGCAAACUCCUGUUAGGGAUACUGGCUGACUUCAAGUGGAUUAAUACCUUAUAUCUUUACAUAGCUACCUUAAUACUCAUGGGCCUGGCCUUGUGUGCAAUUCCAUUUGCCAAAAGUUAUGUCAUGUUGGCCAUACUUUCUGGGAUCCUAGGGUUUCUUACUGGUAAUUGGUCCAUCUUCCCGUAUGUGACCACAAAGACUGUGGGGAUUGAAAAAUUAGCCCACGCCUAUGGGAUAUUAAUGUUCUUUGCUGGACUUGGAAAUAGCCUUGGACCACCAAUUGUUGGUUGGUUUUAUGACUGGACCCAGACCUAUGACAUUGCAUUUUUUUUCAGUGGCUUCUGCGUCCUACUGGGAGGAUUUAUUCUGCUGCUGGCAUCCUUGUCCCCCUGGGAAACACGCAAAAAGCAACUCCCCAAGCCAGCUCCAGCAGCCUUUGUGUACAAAGUUGCCUCUAAUGUUUAGAGCAAUAUUGGAAGGAAGUAUGAGACUGUUUUUUCAGAGAAAAAUUACACGGUGGCUGACGCUGACUGAUUUUUUUAAACAUAUCCUAUUCUCUAUGCAGUCUCUAUCUCCUGUAUUUUUCCCCCCUCAUUUCUCUUUUCUCAAGAAGCGGGACUAUUCUGUAUUGCUAUGAUUCACGAGUUCUUGACAUUGUAAAAAUUUUGGCCGGCCUCAGAAGACUUUCUGUGUGUAGAGAAAUAAUUUCUCUGCAGACUCCAUUUGUUCCAUUGCAAGGCACCCAGAGGGGACUCUUCUGUUUUAGACCUGCAGGCGGCAUGAUGAGAUAUGUGUGCUUGCCGCUAUGGACUCUUCUCUACAUUAGAUGAGCUAGUGAAUAGAAGACCUUGAGCCAGUCAAGAACUGAAAGUAGUUACUAAGACAGGAUUAAGUAUUGCAGUGGAGCAAGCUGAUCAUUUUUUUUAAAAGACAUUAUAAAUUACAGUCACCGGUUCUAAUCAUUCUGUUCUAUUUACCUUGAUGAAGCACCCAUCAAGCAUAAGGUGUUUGCUGAGAUGCAGGCGAUCUCCAAACGGAGGAGUAGUCACUAUAGCCUUUCUUCACGGUUGGCCGCUAUAACCUCUCUUACUUUUGUCUGUCAGCAUCCAUUCAGCUGAUGUUUCCCAGGAAGUGCUGAUUUUACCUAUUUCCAAAUUGGAAAUGCAUAUUUAAACCAUUCCGUUCUGGCAAAUGGGAAACAUCCAUUUGCUUCGGGCACAGUGAGGACGAAUUACAAGUCCUUGCAUAUCUUCUCGGUUUAUUUGCUAUUAUCAGAUUUUACCACUAUCACAUUUUAAUUCAAGGGCAGAACUAAAAAGUGUGUUUGUGUGUGUGAGUGUGAGUGUGAGUGUGAGUGCGUGUGUGUGUGUGUGUGUGUGUGUGAUGUUCUAAGUCUGUGUGGGACAUGGGAAGGGGAAAAGGCAAUAAGAAGUUGAUACCCUGAUUCAACUUCAUUCAUUCUUAAGAAAAAUGUUCUGGAAAAAAAUAAAUGUUUAAUGCAUUGACAUUUUUCUAAAUAAAUAUUUUUAAAACUUUUGUAUGCAUCCAAUUCUUCUAUAGGUCCUUUCAAAAAAAAUACCACUCUGAGAGAUUUUAAUUCUGUAGGUCUAGGCUGUGGGCCAAGGAUCUAUAUUUUUAAUGUGAUUCUGAUAACACAGCCGGGGUUGAGAAUGACUGUUGUAAAACUGGCAACACAGAAACAUUUAUUCUCUCAACUAAAACAAACAAACAAACAAACAAGAAACCAUUGAGGUGAUGAGUUUUUAUAAAUAGCCAAGUGUGAUUCUUUAAAUAGGAGGCACUCUUCCCAUUGUGCCAAAUUUGUUUUUGUUUUUUUCAUUUCUUUUGAAAUACAUAUGUAAGAUUAUUUCAUACUUCUAUGUUGCCUUUCUUCUAAGGCACCUGAAGCACUUUAUAAGCAUGAAUCCCCACAACACCUCAUUGAGGUGGGUAAAUAGUGCUUUUCUAUGCAGUAAACCUGGGGUAUGGGGAGUUUCAUAACUGAGUUAAUCCUACUCAAUAAGGAAAUAAUGGGGCUCCAAAGUGCCUUGGACUUCCGCUCCAUACUCAGACUUCUGGAAUUUCUGUACCUCAUUUUUUAGUUACUGUCGAGGUUGGUCGAUAAAAUGAGUGACAUUUAAAAAAAAUUAAACUAAAUGUUUUUGUGUUGUAAGUUCCUUUUUGCCAAUGGUAUAUUCAGGAAGUCCAAUAACCGGAUAAAGCUUAAUGUUUAUGGCGUCCCCACAUUCGUCAAUGUUGAUAAUUGUCCAAAUGCCUCUUUUCUAUGUCUACUAAUGUCAUCCAAUGCGUGCAUUAUCCAUUGUCUAGGGAAUGAAUUUUAAUGCACAAUAAAAUAUUUUUUGUUUGUUUUACA